AAUCUUUGGCGGCUGAAAACCAUUCAUACAACUAGUGGUUAUGUUUUUUUUUUCUUUUGGACCAUAACAACUAGUGGUUCUGUUUCACUCAUUCCUUUUCUUUCUAUUGUUUUGGCCAUCCAACUUUACAUUUUUUUUUCCAAUUUCUCUGCUUCUUAAUUGAUUAUUUUGAAGGAAGCAAUAUCAUAUUAUAUCAUGGUUCAACCAUGUUAACAGUUAAUGCUCCAACAGUUAUUAUAAGCUCUCAUUUAUACCGACAAGACUCAGCUUCCACGCAGCAAGCGUACAAAAUCAAUUAUGUUAACUUAGUAAAUUUCAUUCCUGCUUUUCCUAAACCUAAUGGAAGUUCUUGUAGCAACAUAUUUCAUAGUUCAUCUUUCUCUUGGAUAUGUGAAAAGCAACACAAGAGCGUUCAUAGUAUAUUCCAUCAUAAGUGCCUGUGUGGGUUACAUGAUUCAAUUUCAUCCAAUGAUGAUGAGUACCGUUCUUCGCGCAACAUAGCCAUCACCUUGUUUAAGCGUUACAGGAAUUUUGCUGAUCGCGGGGGAGGUGACAAUCUUAAGGAGUUCAUCACUGCUGGAGUGAGUGCAUAUGAACUUGGGUGCACUGAUGAAGGGUUAAGGAAAGAGCUUGCUGAUAUGAAGGACUCUGGCAUUGAAAUUGAAGCAAUGCAAAGUUAUGGUGGGAGCACAAGCUUGAAAUCUAAAAUCUUCUCCCACGAGAUUGAUGAGUGCAUUCUGUGGUUAAGCAUUAUAUUUAUCACAAUCUUGUGUACACCCCAGCUAACUAUUGUUAGAUGGUCAUCAACACCUUCCGUGUCGGAUGAAGUGAGAAUUCAGUGGAAAGGAUUUUGUGCUCUCAUAGCAAAUGCAUAUUUUAUGAAGGGAAUGGCUUGGCUACCUGUAAAGACUCUUCAAUUAGAGCAGACGGCUGUGAUGGAUGAAGCUGAGAAACCAUCCGUUGUUGCUAGUAGAAUGCGCUUAGUCUUUAGCACGCUUGAGGUAGUGAGUCCGCAGUGGCCAAAAGUGUAGAGAACCAGACCCGGAUAAACUUUACCCAACACUUUCGUGUAGAGAAUUAAACAUGAAAGCAAAGAAAAAACUAAAUAGUCAUGUACUAGUAUUUUUCUACUUCCUGUAAAGAAAGGAACCAUGUAUUUUUCAUUUGUGAAUAUUAAUGACUUACACUAUAAAAUAAGGGGGAAAUAAUUAUCAGUUUUUCUCCAUAUAAGAGCUGAUUCAUUUUAA